AUGUCUCGUCAGCAGAGUCCCGAUGAUUCUGGCUCCGACGGCGUGGAUGCUCACAUCCGCGACCCGCCUGCCGCCGUUUCGCAAUUUCCAUCACAGCCAGAGUCUAACUCAGCCCAUGCCGAAGAUGGCAUCCACGAAGAGACCGAUGUGUGCGGCCCAGAAGAAUCUGCCCGUCGUCUGGAAGUCGAAGCUCACGAAAGAGAGCUCGACGAGCAAAUCCGCAUAGAGAUAGAUGCUCAAGAGCGCGAGGCUAUAUGGCGUCACCAAGUGCAAGCCGAGAGUCCCAGCAACAAUCCCCAAACUUCUCAGGCAUCAUCCCAAACACCACCUCUCGUCAUCGGCGCACCGCUGGGCAAGAAUCUCACCGUCGUAGAAGCCGCGCGUCGCCUCGUCGCUCAAUGGGAAGCAAUCCACGAGUCAACCCUCUCAUCGACCCCAGACGCUGCCGGCCCCAUCCUCGAAGAACUAAUACAAGCCCGCGCCCAACUCGAUGCUCUCACAGCCCACCAACAACAGCAUCACGGAGAAGAAGACACACACGUCCCUCUCCUAGACAAAGACCCAGUAACGACACCCCUCAACUCGCUCCAAGCACACAAGGACCAAGCCAUCGCCUCCAGAAUCAAGUUCCUCACAGACUCCCUCCAAGACUCCUCCUAUCCCCCGGAGCACGCCAACAUCACCGCCGCAAUCUCCCUCUACCGCGCCUCCCGCAUCCCAUACUCUGCCAACUGGACUCUCAUCUACGCGGGCCACCUCGUCGACUUUGCGCCGACCUACGCCUCCUUCACCGCAGACCGCGCCACCCGCCUGGCACGCUACAGCCGCCUUCACGGCGAAGGAUGGCUCUGGAUCGAGCCGCCUCUGGCCCGUGACGCCGGCGGCGGCCCCUCGCCCUUCUUCUCCGCGCGCAAGAGUACUUUUCUCCCAGAGACGGACUCGACAUACGACAUGGGCCACUACAGCGUCACCAUGUCGUUCCGCAGGAUGAAGUCCCUCGCGUACUGCGGCGCGGAGCCGCUACUGAGAAGCAUGGCCGUGUCCAAGAAAAGGAAGCACGAGGAGUGCAACGACAACGACGAGGAGGCGGCAAUGGCAAACUUGAAAGACUGGCCAGUCGUCGCCGAGAACGAAGAAUACGACGACCUCGACGCAGCUUCAGACUCGGACUUGCCUUGCUUCCCUCCUCGCUAUACCAGAAAUCCCAAAUCGCGCACACCAUCAUCUUCCUCUCGAGCAGGUAUAAAACCCCCAUCCGCCCUCCGCCGAAACCGCCCGUCGCGCCACCCACACAUGGCCCGCGACCCCUCGGCGCCAACCCUCCACUUCCGCACCCUCCUCGACAGCGGCGCGACGCUGCCGAUGCUCUACAACCGCGACGCACGCGCCCUGGGCAUCGAGCGCGGCUCCUACGCCGCCGUCUCCCGCAUCUCCAUCGAGACGGCCUCGGACACGGUGGCGACAUGGCUGUACGAGAUGGAAGUCGCCGUCGUGGACACGGUCACGUGCGACCCCCUCGUCUCGGCGUCGGAGCCCGUCUGGCCGGCGGAGGAGCCCAUGCUCGGCGGAAUCACGCUCGUCAUGGUACGCGGCUCACCCAAAGCUGGAAAUGGUUCUUUCGCGUCGCCUCGUGGGGGCACGGACGCUGUGGCCAAGACGACGGCGGAGGCUGGGACGACGUUUCUUGAAAAGGCGACGAGUCUGGUUGAUAUGGCCGAGGGCCGCGAUUACGGCCGGCUUUCCGGGCUUUUGCCGUUCAAAGUGUGUUAUGUGCAGAGCACGCCUGGGCUCCGGACGAUUUGGAUGGGCGAGGACCGGCGUGAUGUGCUGGGUGCGCAUCGGAUGCCCGGCCAGAUGCGGUGGGCGCCGGGGACGGGGAAGGUGUGUGACCCGGGUCAUCCAAGGGAAGUGUGGAAGACAGUCUGUCGAGAUGAUGGCGGGAGGCCUGCGGUGCUUCGUAUGGAACAUGAAAAGGCGGCGGCGAUCUCUGGUUAUGGGGAGAAAGGGGUAAGCUUGGUUGAUGUUGAGGAGAAGGGAUGGAAGGGACGGAGUGAGGUCACAGUCACGGAUGAGAAUGGCGUCAGGGCGAGGCAUGUCAUUGAGCCUAGGACAUUGGAUUCGCAGCGAGAGAAGCAACGCAAGAAAGUUAGAUUAUUUCAGUAG